GUAGUGUCUUGAAUUUUAAAUUGAAAAUAAAUUCUUAAAUAAUUUAUUUAUGUUGAUAUUGUAUUAUUAAGGCUUGUUAAAUCAUAACAGUAUGAUUAAGCAUCUAAUAUUAUAGCAGUGAUAAGGAAACCUAGAUAUAAUUAGUGUAUCGCAGAAGAAAAUGGUCAGUUGUGAAUCGGUAAUAGAGGGCGCGGACGCGGGAACACCGACAUCAAUAAAAAUUAAUUUUUUAAUCUAUGACAAUUAAAAAAACAAAAGCAAGACAAUCGAAAACAGGUAGACAAAAUGAAGGCAAAGGGAAAAUACGAGAACGAGGCUAAAGCCGAGCUGACUGUAACUCUCGAUGAGGCUAUGACACUAACAGGUUUUGGUGUAUACAACAUAUCGCACAUGUUGCUGAGCGGGCUGAUCCUGAUGGGCGUGAUCCUACAGAACUUGGCGCUAGGCUACGUACUGCCAGCCGCACAGUGUGACCUGCAUCUCACGCUGCAGCAGCGGGGCUGGCUCGCUGCUAUACCAUUCUUAGCUGUAAUCCUGACAUCAUACUUCUGGGGCUGGCUGGCAGACACGCGUGGACGGCGGCCUGUCAUGCUCUUCUCUAUGGCGGUCUCAGUAGUCAUGUCCACACUAGCCAGCUUCGCUCCAGAUAUCAUCUCUUUUGCUGUGCUUGAAUUUCUUUCCGCCAUUUUCAUGUCAGGUUCGACCGCGGUGGUAUACACGUACCUCGGGGAGUUCAACAACCUACGGCACAGAGACAAAAUGGUCGCCUUCGGAUCUUCCUUCGUCGGUAUCGGCACUGUCGUCUUGCCAGGUAUAUCAUGGCUGAUACUUCCUCACGACUUCUCUCUACCGAUUCCCUUCCUCGGCAUCGCGUACCGUUCCUGGAGACUGCUGAUUGUUGCCUGCGCGGUGCCCUACUUCAUCAGCAGUAUACUACUGUUCUUCGCGCCUGAGAGUCCCAAGUUCCUCUACUCCUCUGGCCAGUAUGAGAAGUGUUUGAAAGUGCUGAGGAGUAUCUAUGCUGUGAAUAAAAGGAUGCCCGCUGAUAAUUAUCCCGUAAAAGCUCUCAUAACAGAAUCACAUAUGGGUAAAUGCGAGCCCGCGCCUGUGUCGGUGUUGUCGUCAAUGCGAGACCAGACUGCGCCGCUGUUCCGUCCGCCGCUGCUGCCCUGGACCACGCUGGCUUGCUUCGUGCAGUUUGGAAUAUUUGCCACUACGAACGGCUUCUACGUAUGGUUUCCGACGAUCCUGAACUCGUUAGCGAACCACGGCGCCACCGACAUGAGGAUCUGCGACAUACUGGAUGCCAGCAAGGUCUCCGUGCUUAACGAAACUGUGGUAAUCUGUGACGAUACAAUGAACACAUCAACAUUCGAAAGGUCCAUUUACAUCGGCCUAGUAUUCUGCUCCAUGUAUCUGAUAGUUGGCUUCGUGGUGGACCUGGUAGGGAAGAAGAUGAUCCUCGUAUCCGUGCUGUCCGUCACCGGAUUGUGUGGCAUCGGUGCUAACCUCGCGGCCAAUCAGCAUCUAGCAGUGGUUUUGUUCGCUAUAUUCCAAAUGUCCGGAGCGUGCAUUGGUCUUAUGAAUGCCGUCAACGUGGAAUUAUUUCCUACUAAAUAUAGAGCGAUGGCAAUCUGCCUGUCCAUGAUGAUGGGUCGCGUGGGCUCCAUGGUUGGCUCCAACUUGAUCGGACUGUUCCUCGAGACAAACUGCGGAGCUAGUUUCUAUCUAUUUGGUGGCAUUAUUAUUGUUUGCGCGGUUCUAUGCCUAACACUACCGAACAAAAAGCGAGAAAUUUCAGCAAAGAAACAGACAGAAGAACCAGCUCAGAACGAAACCCAUGAACCGGUAUGAA